AUGAGGAAUACCUGCGGUCCUGCAUCUCAGGGCCGCUGGGGCAUCUGGGCGCAGAGCCGCUGGAGACGCCGGCCGCCGGGGCGUGGGCAGCGUAGGGCCGCGGUGGUCGCCGGGGCGGAGGAAGCCGGAGCGCCGACGGAGGAAGCUUCGGGGCAAAGAGGCAUCCCGUGCGGUGUACGGAUAAGGCGUGGAUCGUGGCGGUGGAGCUCCCUCAUUCAGCCUAGAGCACCCUGCCGUCCAUCCCGUCAAGAAGACCUGACCACAUCCCUGCAGCUGCCGCGGACGCCGCCCGUCCAUCCGGCAGUACGCAGCGGCGCUGAGGUGGAGGACCCUGGAAAUCUCAUCAAGCUCUAUACAGACUGGCAUCUUUGGGUCUAUCACUUGAGAUCACCAUCAAAAGUAUGCGCUAAGGAGUACAUGGCAUUUUUGACAUACAUAUCACGUGCCUACUGGUUGCCUUCCUGGAUUCAUUGUGAAAUUUUGUUACCGAUGAUGGACGUCCUGCCGGACGGCGUCCUCGAGCACAUCCUCAGCUUCCUGCUAGCUCCAGAGGCCGUGCGGACAUGCGUUCUCGCUCGACGCUGGCGCCAGCUCUGGAGAUUCACCACGUGCCUGCGUGUCGGGUGCCGCCAUGAGGAUGAAGUGGCACUGGUGAAAGAGCACCGCAAGUUUUUGGACCAUCUGCUGCUCCUCCGUGGAGGUUCACCUCUUGACGUAUGUGAAUUCGGAUUUACUGGAUUCCAGGAUGAUGAUGUGCCACGGGUGAAUCUCUGGUUCCGCCAUGCCAUGAUGUGCAGGGUUCGAGCGCUCAAGCUCCAUAUGUUUUCCAUGUUCUAUCUUGUGCUAGAUGACCUGCCUCUCGUUUCUCAGCACCUGACAAGACUGGACCUCCGUGGUGUACAACUCCACAGCAGUUUUCUCAACUUCUCCAGCUGCCCGGCCUUGGAACAUCUAGAGUUGGUUGACUGUGGUCUCUCGACUGCCAACAAGAUCUCGUCCAAGUCCCUAAAGCAUCUGAGCUUGACUGAUUGCGGUUUUGAUUCUGUUAACAGCGUUUGCAUUUAUACCCCAAGCCUGGUUUCACUGUGUCUAGAUGACCUCUGCGAGACGACUCCCACACUUGACAGCAUGCCAUCAUUAGUGAAGGCCUUUGUCCGGAUAACCGAGGAAUGUGCGGAUGUCUGUGCAAAGCUGUUAGACCCAGAAAUUUUGGAUUGUAUCUGCCAAUUGUGCAACAGUUCUGAGAACACUGAUGGCAGCAGUAGUUCUGUGCUCCUAAGAGGUUUAUCCCAAGCUAAGAGCUUGGUGUUGAUUUCUGAACCAGAACAGAUUAUAUUCAGAAGUGAUUUGAGAUGGUGCCCUGUCUUUAACAAUCUGAAGGCUUUAUUUCUCAAUGACUACUGGUGUACACCUGACUUCAACGCAUUAGUCUGUAUUCUUGAACACUCACCGGUUCUUGACAAGCUUACACUUGAACUGUUUUGUGAGGGACCUAAGUAUAAAAUUGAAAUGAAAGGAAGCUUGAAUCUGAUGGAGCUAUCGGCUAAAAUUUCAGAACACCUUAACAUUGUUGAAGUCAAGUGUCAAGACGUUGAUGAGAGAGUUCUCAAAGUGUUGAAGUUCCUUUCUACCAUUAACAUAUGUUUUGGUGUCUUAAUUGAGGCGCUAUAA